AAUGCAGAUCAAAGUAAUAAAGCCAAUAAAUUAAAAUGUCUUAGUGAGUCAGAACAUAUUGGGACCCUUGUACUUGUGUUGUUAAACAAGCAAACAAGAUGAUAUGUGAGUAAACCAUUCAUCCUGUAUACUGAAGUAAUUUGAGCUUUUUGAUGCUGGAGUUUUGAUGCAAGUGAUAUGUUUCUGAGUGUAUUGAAAACAUUGGGCAUCCUGGCCAUUGUUGCAAUUCUGAGGGCACAAGGACUUACAGAAGUGGACCAAGAGAUUCUAGACAAGUUCAUUGAACAUGGGAUGCAAUGCAGGAAUAUACCAGGAAUGGCAGUAUCUAUUGUAAAAGAUGGAGAUACUGUCCUAGCCAAGGGUUAUGGGGUGAAAGACAACACCAAGGAAGGCAACGUCACAGAGCACACUCGGUUCAACAUUGCAUCCAUUACAAAGCACUUCACUGCACUGCUGUCAGCAACCUUCAUUAAUCAAACCUCUACUGGGUUGGAGCAGGGGUUUGACACAACUGUGAAGAAUGUAUUGGGUCCAGAGUUUGCAUUCUGGGACACACAGAGGACUGAGCAUUCUACAUUAAGAGACCUCCUCAGUCAUAAGAUGGGCUUCCCAUACAGAGAUCUUCUCUUGAAGACUGGGGGAUUAAGCAAAGAGCAAAUACUCAGGCGUAUUCACCAUAUGGAACCUGUCUCUGCACCAAGAGUUGACUUCACCUACAGCAACAUCAUGUAUAUGCUGGUGGGACACAUGCUAGAAAAACUUGGUAAAAAGUCCUGGGAAGAUCUAAUGAGUGAGAGAAUAUUUGAGCCAGUAGGAAUGGUGAACUCAACUUUCCUGGAUAAUGUCACACAUGUAGAAUGGGAAAACAACUUUGCGAAACCACAUAUGGAGUUUGAGAAUAUAAAAAAUCCUAUAGCAUAUGAGUCUGUGAAAGUAAUAGGGGCAGUUGGAGCUGGGGCAUCUAUCUGUACGACUGCCAGUGAUAUGGCAGAAUGGCAGAAACUGCUGCUGAACACAGGCAAUCUAGAUGGUAAACAGGUCAUAAAUGGUGCCCUAAUAUCCGAGGCUAUGAGAGGUAGUUAUGCUGCCCAUGGUGCCUAUAUAGCAACAAAACCAUACUUCCCUGAAACAUUCUCAAAAGAUCUGUAUGGUUUAGGAUUCUAUACUGGGUACUAUAGAGGUUUGCCAAUAGUGUACCAUGAAGGCUCAGUUCCUGGCUAUACCUCGUUCCUACUCCUUAUUCCUAGCCACAACAUCAGCAUAUUCACAACUACAAACAAAGGUGGACUGAACUCUCUCAACUAUGCAACACAGUUAUUCACAGCUGAUCUCCUUAUGGGUUACACACCAUGGUUGAACCAGACAAAUGUGUGUACAUACCCACAGCAGUACCAGCCACCUGUAACUAACAAUCUUCCAGAUGGCAGCUCCAAUAAUAUCACAACAAACCCUUUGAUUGAAUAUGCAGGUACAUACGGGAGUUACAUGAGUGGCGUGUGUACAGUUGAACUAUUGAAAUUAAAUGGAAUUGAAUUUCUUCAAUUGAAAUAUGGGAUUGGGACAUUUAAUCUGCUACCUACAAAUAUCAAUGAUACAUUUGUAGCAAAAGGCAGUGGACUGACAUGGUACCUGGAUAUUGGGACAGUGGUGUUUAGUGAGAGGGCAGAUGGAACAGGGAUGCAACAGUUAACUUUGCCACUAGCAGAGAGGCAAUUUCAUGUAACAUUCAGAAAGGACAUUGAUGGUACAAAAGUACCUCCUCCAGAGAAACCUGCAGUUCCCACAUGUCCCCCAAUGGCUACCCUUACCUCAAAUGCAGGUCUAGUACAGGCCUAUACAAUGCAUGCAACAUUACAUAUUAUAUUUGCAGUAGCAAUCCUUACAUGAUCAUAUAAAUGUCCAAACAGUUCAAGAACCAGAAGGGAACAGUUAAAUCAUCGCACCAUAGUGUUAUCUUGGCCCUUUUGUGAUUGGUCGAGAGUGAUCCUGUUUGACAAACAUUUGAAUAACUAAUACGGUGUCAGACAAGAACGCUAGAAAUCAUUGAUCAAAACAGCCACCAUACUAGAUGAAUUAUCAAAACAUUAUUGUCAUUCUUACAUGUAUUUGCAUCUAAAUAAAAACAAAAUCUUUGUCAUUCAAUUUCUUUUCAAAUGAGGUUAUAGCUUGGGUUAUAGCAAAAAAUAAUAAUAUGCCUGCCAUUUUUCAAACAGCAGCUCCCUUGAGUAGCAAUUCUCACUGAGCAAAAUAUGUAUUAUCAAACCACUAGUAAUUUUAAAGAUUUUAUUCGUAGAGUAGAAAUAACAAGGCAGUAGUAAUGUCUCCUUUAGGCAAAAUCUACACCCAUGACA